GAGCUCUCUACAGAGACGUCAUGCAGGAGAACUAUGAGAAUGUGACCUCGCUGGCAGGGUUUUCAGUUUCCAAACCGGACCUGAUCUCCCAGCUGGAACGAGGGGAGGAGCCAUGGGUCCUGCAUCUCCAGGGUUUAGAGGAAAGAGAGAUCCCGAGAGGUGCCUGCGCAGGUGCUGGGAUGGUGAGUGAGAACAAGGAGCAGAAUCCUCAGCAGGAAGAUGCUGAGCAAGUGGAAGCACAUGUGGCAUUAUUGCAAAGACCCAGAGGGAACCCGUUCAGAAGCCAUGAGCAGGGAAAAGCCAGUGAGAGUCAGCGCAGGCCAGAGAGGCUGGAGGGAAACCAGCCAGAGGAAAAUGUGAAUAAAUCCAUUAAUUGUCAGGGAAUUCACAACGACCUCAAGGAAACCAUAGCCCAGCAGAGACUCCCCACAAGCGAGAGAAACAACACAUGCACUGAGUGUGGGAAAAACUUCAGUUGCCGCUCUGGCCUUAUUAAGCAUCAGAGAAUUCACACAGGGGAGAGACCCUACGAAUGCGGUGAGUGUGGGAAAACCUUUGUUUGGAACUCACACCUUGUUACGCAUCAGAGAAUCCACACCGGGGAGCGACCCUACGAAUGCUACGAGUGCAGGAAAAGCUUCAGCGACAGCUCAGCCCUUGUUACGCAUCGAAGAACCCACACAGGAGAGACGCCCUACGAGUGCCAGGAGUGCGGGAAAAACUUCACUCGGAGCUCCAACCUUAUUAUGCACCAGCGAAUCCAUACGGGAGAGAGACCCUACGAAUGCUAUCAGUGCGGGAAAACCUUCGCUCGGCGGUCGAACCUGAUUAGACAUCAGAGGAUCUAUACAGGCGAGGGUCCCUAUAUAUGCGCCGAGUGUGGGAAAACGUUCCAUCAGAGCUCGGCCCUUGUUUAUCAUCAGAGAAUCUGCAAAGGAGAUAAACAUUGUGAAAACCCUGUCUAGGGCUGGCAAAAGCGUUUUUUUCCUUUGUCCUCUAAGACUUUUGUUAAUUCCCACAUAUUGACCUUUAAGCUAUUUGGCCCCUUUGCUUCACUGUGUUCUCUCAGCUCCCCUAGGCAAGUUGCCUGCUUUUGCAGUUUGCCCUUUUCUGGGUGAAUCCUGUGGUCCUGUCUAUCAAUUCCAUUGUCCUUUGAAUCUUGGAAGUGUGUGUAUGUUCCAUCUGCCAGAGGUGUCCAUCAGCCCCCAGUGGGAGAGAGAGGGGUGACCUCAACUAGCUAAAUCUACCUGGGCCUCAUGUCCCCUAGGCCAGUGGUUCUCAAACUUUUUUUUUCACGGACCACUUGAAAAUUGCUCAACAGACCACUUAAUGAUCUUUCCAAAUGUUUUUACCGUUGGCUAACUAUUGGAAAGCGCUUUGGAUAAAAGUGCUACAUAAAAAAAACAAUAAUAAUUAACGUUUUUUUGUUCUACAAAUAAAAGCACACAAUUCAUA